AACGAAAGCCUGUGGUAUACAUAGGUCAAUGUCAUACGUCAAUCCGACAACCGGCCUGUGCAGGGCCGGCCUUUUGCAGACCGCCUUCAUCACUUCAAUAAUAACAACAAAUCCAGGAAGACAUGACAAGCACCUGUCGACACCCAUGUAUCGAGGCACAGGCAACACGCGACGCAAGUCUGCUGCUCCACCUCGCUUCUCUGAAGUAAUACGUGCUGACAGUUCCCGGCACAUUGAGAACGAGUCUAAUCGCCUGCUCGGUCCAUAUGCUGCUUACCGUUUCGGCGAAUACAACUUCCCUGUCCGAAGUGAAGCCUUUGACAACAGCCCAUGGUAGUACGUAUCAUGUUGGCUGUCGUUUCAUGCCAAACGGAUUGCGCUUACCCACCGUCUUCGAGACACUCCCUUUGCCAAGUUCCACGCUGCGGUGCCAUGGUGCCCAGUCUCCCGCCGCAUGCGCACUCCCAGACCAUGUAUAUAACAAGGCUUGGCACUUCUUUGAAUCACCUUUUCGUACGACGGCGAAACGAUGUAGGAUUCAGUUCCAGAACCGCACAAGAACGCAAUCGCGGACCGGCCUAUGGGUGGCGGCAUCGAUAUGCAUGUACAUAUGUAGCUGGACAUUCCGGGUUCUGCUCCCCGUCAGUGUCAACAUGGAUGUUUACAUCGCGCCGCGCGGGUCUCAACCCUGUUCGACCUGCCUGUAAGCGGCAAGAGCAAGCUUUGCAUCUCAAAACAGUAACUUGACUAAUGCACAAGGCUUCCC